AUGUGCUUCGACGGCUAUACGAGUGAUAUCGAUGAAGAGAUGAAUAGCAGCAUGAUCUAUACCACCUUUUUUGGAAUAUGCGUUCACCCACCGAUCAACCAAACAAUUAUGCUUCAGGAUGGUGAAUCCACCGUCAAAAUGAAUGAAGCGUUUGCGAUUCCAAUUAUUAUUUCGAACAUCUUCUACUUCUUAUUCAUAAUUAUUCGGGCAAGAACUAAAGAAUCUCACAAAAAUCACCAACUACAUUUAUACGCGGAUUCGCAAUUCUACGCUGUCAUUUGCUCAAUAGCAAUUGUCAACAAUCUGGAUGCGAUGCUUCUAUUGCUGCGCGAUGUGCAGGCGGCAAGAAUUGCUCGAAUGGUUCUAACGGCUCCAUUCAUCAAUGUUCUCUACUUCGAGUUCAUCCCCUACGUCGUUGUGCUUCUCACGUUCUUCAUGACGCUUUAUACGACCAUCAUGCUGAUAUCAAUGAUUGAGAACGUUUAUCACGACAUUUAUCCCGAAGCAAUUUUCGUGAUGGGACAACACAAAUGGUUCGUCACUAUUAGCCUUUACUACCUACUUCCGGUUACCGUCUCAUUAUCAUACAUCGUCUCAAAGGACAAUUUGAGAUUCAUGAUUAUUCAAAUUGUGUGCCCGUUAUUUUGUUGGAAACUCUACCAGAAUACUUAUCGAAAUGGAGAAUGA